CAUCCAGCAAGUGAGAGCUCUGACCGCGCAGUUGUCUCCUCAAGACUCGACUUCAUCCAGCGCAAACGCUUCUGGCACCUGGCCAGCCUCGGAUGACCAUGGCAUCUCUUUCGGCGGCUUGCAGGCUAUCUGCGAGGUUGGUAGGCGGUCAGCUGCGACAGCCAAUGGCCUCCAGAACCUAUCGAACUUCGGCCGCCGCUUUCGCAGCACAGAAUUUUGCAAUGCCCGCUAUGUCUCCAACGAUGACCGAGGGAAACAUCAGUUCCUGGAAGGUCAAGGAAGGUGAAUCAUUCGCCGCUGGAGACGUCAUAUUGGAGAUUGAGACAGACAAGGCGACAAUGGACGUUGAAGCUGCUGAUGACGGUAUCUUGGCUAAGAUCAUGCAAGGGGAUGGCACAAAAGGCAUCCAGGUCGGCGAACGGAUAGCUGUCCUGGCGGAACCUGGCGAUGAUUUGAGCCAGCUUUCUCUGCCGGCAGAUGACGCGGCUCCAUCUACCCCGACCCCACAGGAGGAGACUGCGGCAGGAAUUGACCCGUCAAAGUCUUCAGGAUCACAGGCAGAGGCUCCGCCAACCUCUAAGCCCAGCUCAGAAGCUUCAGCGGGCGGACCGCCUAAAACGUCUGGGAAGCCAGCCAACAAGAAAUAUCCCUUUUACCCCUCUGUGGAGUUCUUAUUGCACCAGAAUGGCCUGUCGAAGUCCGAGGCCGAGAAGAUCCCUGCAACUGGUCCGAAUGGUAGACUCUUGAAGGGAGACGUUUUGGCCUAUCUCGGUCGUAUUCAGCCUAACUACGCAUCGGAUCUUUCUGCUCGAAUUUCCAAACUCAGUCACCUUGACCUGAGCAACAUUAAAGCUGCCCCGCCGAAAGCACGCGAAGAACCUACACCAGCCAAGGCUGAGGAAGUCGUGGCGGCGCCCGCUCCAGAGCCUGACUCAGAGGUUACCAUCUCAAUUUCUUUGACGGCCGUCGUAGAGGUGCAGAGACGGGUGCAGGAGACCCUAGGAGUCUUCCUCCCCCUUUCAACCUUUAUUGCUCGUGCCAGUGAGGUGGCAAAUGAAGCUCUGCCACGUUCCAAGACGGUUAAGCCUUCUGCGGAUGAACUUUUCAAUCAGGUUCUUGGGCUUGACAAGAUUGGCAAAUCCUAUGCAUCUCGUGGAUCUUUUACUCCGCAGAUCAUUGCACUGCCGUCAACGGUCUCGCUGCGUCCCAAGGCAACUCCCAAAGCUGACAUCUUUGAUAUUCUCAGCGGAAAGCCUUCCCGCAAGCCAACCAAGGUCAGCAAAGCCUCCAUCAUUGCUGACGAGCCUCCUACUACCAAUGUCUUCUUUGUGACUACACCAAAAGGGGAUGAGAAGCGUGCUGAGGUUUUCCUCAAGCGAGUUAAGGCUCUGCUUGAAGCUGAACCAGGACGUUUGGUUGUAUAGUUAUUUUCAAUCCAAUCCAUCAAUGCUUAUCUGUCCACGCAAUUUUUUCCCUUCUAUGAAACAAUAAAAUACCAGUCCCAUUAUCGCACCUUAGACUGCUAUUUGUUGUACUCAGCGUUAUGUAAAUUAUAGGAU